GGUUAUUAAUGUGUUUCACGUCCGUCUUCUUCCUACUGCCUGGCCGGGAAGGGGAAGUGACGUGCUUCCGGUGUAAUGGCGGCGCGGUGGAGCUCCAGGUGACAUUUGCAGACAGAAAGGUAAACUGUCAAGGAAUUCAUCCUGUUUGGUAUUUAUUUGGGCUGGCUUAAGGAGUCUUUGACGUAUCAGAUCAACUGGCAAAAGAAAAUGAAAAGUAGUGUGGCACAAAUAAAGCAUUCUUCUGGUCAUGACAGACGGGAAAAUUAUAAUUCAUAUCAAAGGACCUCCUCUCCAGAAGACAGGUACAUAGAACAAGAAAGAUCUCCUCGGGAUAGAGGCUACUUUGAUUCCAGCAGGUCAGACUAUGAGCGUUCAAGGAGAGAACGUUCUUAUGAUAGUAGCAUGGAGUCACGAGGUAGAGACCGAGAGAAACGCAGAGAAAGAGAUGUGGAUCGGAAGAGGUCCCGGAAGUCACCAUCUCCUGGGAGAAGAAGCCCAGAACCAUCGGUAACCCAGAGUUCCUCUGCUCAGGAUGAACCUACUGCAAAGAAGAAGAAAGAGGAGCUGGAUCCUCUUCUUACUCGCACUGGUGGAGCGUAUAUUCCUCCUGCCAAACUCAGAAUGAUGCAGGAACAGAUUACAGAUAAAAACAGCUUAGCAUACCAGAGGAUGAGCUGGGAAGCCUUGAAGAAAUCUAUCAAUGGCCUGAUCAACAAAGUCAACAUUUCCAAUAUCAGUAUUAUUAUUCAAGAACUUCUUCAAGAAAAUAUAGUUAGAGGAAGAGGCCUGCUAUCCAGAUCUGUUUUGCAAGCACAGAGUGCUUCUCCAAUCUUCACCCAUGUUUAUGCAGCAUUAGUGGCAAUUAUCAACUCAAAAUUUCCACAAAUUGGAGAGUUAAUCCUCAAAAGAUUAAUUCUUAAUUUUCGAAAAGGCUAUCGGAGAAAUGAUAAGCCACUUUGUCUGACAGCUUCAAAAUUUGUGGCACAUCUUAUUAAUCAAAAUGUGGCUCAUGAAGUUUUAUGCUUAGAAAUGCUCACUUUGCUUCUGGAAAGACCAACAGAUGACAGUGUUGAAGUAGCUAUUGGUUUUCUUAAGGAAUGUGGUCUCAAAUUAACACAAGUGUCACCAAGAGGGAUCAAUGCUAUAUUUGAACGCCUUCGAAACAUUCUCCAUGAGUCUGAAAUUGACAAAAGGGUUCAAUAUAUGAUUGAAGUGAUGUUUGCUGUAAGGAAGGAUGGAUUCAAGGACCACCCUGUUAUCCUAGAAGGACUUGAUUUAGUGGAAGAAGAUGAUCAGUUCACCCACAUGCUUCCUCUGGAAGAUGACUAUAAUCCAGAAGAUGUUCUUAAUGUUUUCAAGAUGGAUCCUAAUUUUAUGGAGAAUGAAGAGAAGUACAGAGCUAUAAAGAAGGAAAUUCUUGAUGAAGGAGAUAGUGACUCAAACACAGACCAAGAUGCUGGAAGUAGUGAAGAGGAGGAGGAAGAAGAGGAGGAGGACGGUGAAGAAGAUGAAGAAGGACAAAAGGUGACUAUUCAUGACAAAACAGAAAUUAAUCUAGUCUCAUUUCGCCGUACCAUUUAUCUUGCUAUUCAGUCAAGUUUAGAUUUUGAAGAAUGUGCUCACAAGUUGCUAAAAAUGGAGUUUCCUGAGAGUCAAACAAAAGAACUCUGCAACAUGAUACUUGAUUGCUGUGCCCAACAAAGGACAUAUGAGAAAUUUUUUGGCUUGUUAGCUGGGCGAUUUUGCAUGCUAAAAAAAGAAUACAUGGAAUCCUUUGAAAGUAUAUUCAAAGAACAAUAUGAUACCAUCCAUCGCUUGGAAACAAACAAAUUGAGAAAUGUUGCUAAGAUGUUUGCUCACCUUUUAUACACUGAUUCACUUCCAUGGAGCGUUCUUGAAUGUAUAAAACUGAGUGAAGAAACUACUACGUCAUCCAGUAGAAUUUUUGUGAAAAUAUUUUUCCAAGAACUGUGUGAAUACAUGGGUCUUCCUAAACUUAAUGCAAGAUUAAAGGAUGAAACUCUACAGCCAUUCUUUGAAGGAUUAUUACCCCGAGAUAACCCAAGAAACACUCGAUUUGCCAUCAAUUUCUUUACUUCUAUUGGUCUUGGAGGUUUAACGGAUGAAUUGCGUGAGCAUCUCAAAAAUACACCAAAGGUCAUUGUGGCACAAAAACCAGAUGUUGAGCCAAAUAAAUCCUCCUCCUCUUCAAGCUCUUCCGAGUCCUCGUCCUCAGAGUCUGACUCCUCUGCCUCUGAUUCAGACAGCAGUGACAGCAGUUCAGAGUCUUCUAGUGAAGAAAGCGAUUCUUCAUCCACCAGUAGUCAGAGCUCAGCCUCAGCUAAAAAUGUAAGAAAGAAGGGGCAUGGGAACCACAGAAGUAAAGAAGUAGAUAAACUGAUCAGGAAACAAGAAAUGAAUGAUAGAAAACAAGAAGAAAGGAGGCCAGAGCAUCGGCACCAGGAGACAAGGACUGAGAGAGAAAGGAGGUCAGAGAAACCCAGAGAGAGAGAUUCAAGAGGCUCUGGAACAAAAUACACUUCAGACAGAGGGAUUCUUCCUGAGAGAAACAGCCACAGCAGACCCGUGCGUGACAGAGACCAAGAAGCACGCAUGGGUUUGGAACAUACUCAUGGAGAUCCCAGAAAGAAACGGGAGAGGAGAAAUUCUUUCUCUGAAAAUGAGCACAGACAUCGAAAUAGGGACAGUGAGAAUUUUAGAAGGAAGGACAGAUCCAAGUCAAGAGAAAAAAAUAAAAAACAUUCAGGUUCGAGAAGUGAUGAAGAUAGGUAUCAGAACGGUGCUGAGAGGCAAUGGGAAAAAUCUAGCCGAUACUCUGAACAAUCCGGAGAAUCAAAGAAAAAUCAGGACCGGCGAAGAGAAAAGUCUCCAACAAAGCAAAAAAAAUAAUUCUGCAAAAUCAUAGAAACUGAACAUGCCUUAUAUUCAGUUGAAACAAAUUAUUUUUUACAUCGAUUGACAAACUUUGUAGAGAAUUGUUGUAUAAAGUACUGGUUUGUAUUUGUACAUUAAAAAUGUUUUCUUUUUAAUAUGUUUUAUAACUGAUACAUCUCAAGGCCUUCUACAAAAAAUUAUUUGAGAAGUUUCACCAGAGAGGGUUAUAAUUCUUGCCUAUAUUUUGUUAAUAAAACAAUCAAAAUGUUCAUUGAAUUGAUGAUUUUUUUAUCAACAAUUUUUUUUCUGAUAAUGUUUCUGAUUGUUUAUAGGAUUAUUAUAAUGAAUUGUUAGUGACUUUUAUUUGUAACUGAAGACCAAAAUGGAUGAACCUUUUUAAGGUUUUUGCUUUGUUAAUGAGAUAUUAUAAACUUUUCUUAGGAGUCUUGCUUUUUUUUAAGUAGAGGAAUUAUUUUAAGUUUUAUUUUAUGUUUUUAACAAAAUAUGUAUGUAUAAUUUUUUUUCAGAAGUGUUUCAGUGAAGCUAGGUGUAUGUUAGUCUUUAAACAAAUACACAGCUAUCUUAUUUAAUAAUUAGGACUUCUCUCAUUGACAACAUUUCUUUCUGGACUGUUAGGUUAACUUUUAAUUGAAAUUCUUUGUGAUUAGUGCUUUUUCUCAGCCUUGAAGUUCUAUCACUGUUGGUAAGUUACUAUGUAUUUAAGUUUUAAUGUAGAUUAAUAGGUUAUUGAAAAACAUGCAAUCAUGAGAAAUAUAUGCAAGACCAACUGUGAAAUAAUUUUAGUUUUUUUAUAAGAAUUUUAAGGGUUGCUAUCCUUGUAACUCUCACCAGUUACUAUGUGACCAUAUUAUUUAUUACUUUUGAAAUAAAAUAUUGCCUCUGAAAUUUUA